GGGGGACCCCGUUCUAAAAAUAAAUAAACAAAACAAUGUACAGGGCACCUCGCCCUGUUACACUGCGCUUUAACACAUGUCGGGGAUUUUGGAAUGAGACCUGUUUGUGUUUGUCACAGGUAACUAUGAAUUAUUCUUGUUGCCCCUACCAUAUGAUGUUGUGAAUGGAAUGGCAUGCUGUUUACUAUGCCAAAAUGGCCUGGAACCCCCCUUUGGGUCGUACCACUUUUCAUUCUGCACUUCAUAACAAAUUAACUGUGUGACAAAAUAGUGCAUUAUGGGAGGAUGACAUACCGUUCUGGCCUGCUAAAAGUCAUUGUAAGCAUAGCCUAUGUCUUCAGCUGAUAGAGCUGCAAGUUGUUCAUAGGUAGGCUGCGUUGUCAUGGAAACCCUCACUUAUUUUAUAAGCAAACCACCAGGAAGCCCUAAGAACACAUUUCUGAUUAAAGACAUAUUUUUCACUCAUCAGCCUAAUUAUAUACCAGUAAACCAUUUGAUACGACUUGGUUUACACAGAUUAGAGUAUGGUAGUUCAGCAAGAUCAAUAAAUAUAAUUAAUAAAGAGCCGUUGUUGUGCAAUUAUUUUUUUUUUUUUAAACACCUGCAAUUGGGGACCACAACAAAACAACAACCAAGAUGUUGCUGAAGAUUGUACUGUUAUUAACCUUACAGUGAUUUAUUUUAUUUUUCUGUUCAGAGACCUUGCAGCACUUAUUAAAUAUGAUUCCAGAAAAUGAAUGGCUGCUUAUCAAGCUAUGUGCUUCCUACCCUGGAAACUCAGCAGAGAUUAAUGAUCUUCAUGAAAGAUGUAAUCUUCCAAGUUUAGAAGAAUGCUUAGAGUUAGCAGAAACUGCGUACAAUGGUGGAGAAAUCUUCCAGGCCGUAAAGUAUUACUUGCUGAGCCCUGAGCCACAGAAAGCCCUUCCAAUCGGCAUUCAGUUUGCUAAAGAACAAAUAAGUAGCUCUGAUUGGAACUUGGACAUGGUCUACCCUAUUCUUGACCUCCUUAGUUAUAUUCGUACAGAUCAACUGCUGCUUCACAAGUGCCCUGAAGAUUGUAACGAGUUGCUAAUAUUAUGUGGAUACAUUGGUGCUUUGUUGGCAAUCAGAAGACAGUACUCUAGUAUUGUUCCAGCACUUUAUGAAUAUACAAGCCAGCUGUUAGAAAGAGGAGAGGUGUCUGACCCUGUAACGACUGAGCAGCUCUCGGUGGAGCUGAAUACUUGGAGAUCAUGCACACAAUCUUUAAACAACCUUAGAUCCUUAGAUGAAGUGCUAUACAAUCCUCCAUCUGAAGCCCAAAAGCAAGUAUAUGAGAUAUUGCUAAACAGAAUUAAAGAAGAGCCUCUUGUAGGAAUGACUGGCCCUGAUUAUGUGACUGGCUCUAAUCUUCCAAGCCACUCAGAUGUCUAUAUCUCCUGUCUAACAGGAUCAAGGAUAGAGGGUCCUGUAUAUUUCCUCGAAGAUGGUAAAUCAGCAAUUUCAUUGAAUGAUGCUUUAAUGUGGGCAAAAGUGAAUCCUUUCUCGCCACUAGGGACAGGAAUUCGUCUCAAUCCAUUCUAAAGAAACCUUUCUGGAAUCUGCAGUUAACAGUGCCACAGGUUACUGUAAUGUCCUUAACUUAAGGACAAAUGGGUGACACACAUGUUGCAAAGUACAAAGAUAAUUUAUUAUUCAUAAUGUCAUUAACCUUGGAACAAUAAUAAGUUUUACAGACAUUGCAAAUAAACAUUACAAAAU